AUGGUUCUCGCUUUCCUGACGCUCAUUGGCAUUGGAGAUUUCCUCUCAGCUGAAUCACAGGCAACAAAACCAACCUUUCCAGGGAAACUCGGGGACUGGCAUGGAUUCCCCAAGUAUGAAUUCCUGAUUGGUGAGAAGCGGGUCACGGUCGUUGCUCCUGAGCAAGAGGUUUCCGGGCGUCCCUGGGUUUGGCAUGGGGAGUUCUUCGGGCACAAGCCGGCCCCGGACAUCGAGUUGUUGAAGCGAGGCUUUCAUCUCGUCUAUCUCUCGAUACCCAAUAUGCUUGGUAGUCCGCCAGCUGUGGAGUAUUGGAAUGAGUGCUAUGCACAUCUGCGAAAGGAAUAUGACUUCGCUGCCAAGGUGGCGUUAGUCGGUCUGAGCCGAGGUGGCCUGUAUUGCUACAACUGGGCCAUCGCCAAUCCUGACAAGGUGGCCUGUAUCUAUGGGGACGCCCCUGUUUGCGAUUUCAAAAGCUGGCCGGGCGGCUUCGGCACCGGUCCCGGCAGCAAACCGAAUUGGGAACUGGUUCUUAAGUUGUGGGACUUUGAAAGUGAUGAAGAAGCCAAGGCAUACUCAGGUAACCCAGUCGAUAAUUUGAAGCCGCUGGCCGAAGCAGGAAUACCUCUACUACAUGUCUUCGGUGAUGCCGAUGAAGUUGUUCCCUGGGAAGAGAACACCGGACUGAUUGCUCAACGCUACAAGGAACUCGGCGGACAGAUUGAACUGAUCCGCAAACCGGGAGUGAAACACCAUCCUCACGGCCUGGAUAACCCAACUCCCAUCGUUGAGUUCAUUGCCAAACAUGCACUGCCCCCUCCUGCGAAACAGCUCUUCUCCAAAGAUGGCAUUGAAUCCUGGGAGAUCGACUCGCCCCAUCAAGCAGGCAAAACCAGACUGUCGAUAGUUCGACCAGAGUUCACCGUCAAAGGCAAACGCUAUCCGAUCCUGUUCCUUCUUCCCGUCGAAGCGGGGGAAGGGAGCAGGUUGUUGAAAAAUUUCGGCUCGAAAGACCAGCUCAAUGGUCGUCUACUGCAUGCUGGCUACGACAAUUUUCGAGAGCAUCACGAGCAGAUGCAGAAACUACUCAAAAACCUCGGCAUCGAAGUUACUUAUCUCAACGGCCCACAACGAGACCACCACUGGAACAGUCGCCCUUGGCGUCCUCAUCGGCAAGUGAUCAACGGAAUUCUUUUCGUCCUUCAUACUGGAAUUCCCUGGCAAGACUUACCAGCUGAGUUCGGCAAAGCAAAAACGGUUUACAAUCGUUUUCGACGCUGGGUCGACUCGGGACUCUGGCAGCGAAUCUACGAAGCCUUGAUUGAUCGAAUCUUGAAAGCAGGUGACAUUGACUUCGAGUUAUGGUGUGUUGAUGGGACUGUGAUUCGUGCACAUCGUGUUGCUGCCGGUGCACCAAAAGAAAACGAAACCACCGAGGAAAACGCGGAAAAACAUGCCUUGGGACGUUCUCGCGGAGGGUAUUCGACAAAGCUUCAUUUCCUCACCGAUGGUCAAGGCCAUCCGCUGGGAGUGAUCGCAACACCCGGUCAACGUAACGAAGCUCCAGAGUUUGAAAACGUCAUGCAGGCAUGCUUGAUCAACACAUUCCGAAAGGACAAACGACCAACUGCACUUGCAGGAGACAAAGGAUACAGUUCAAGAGCGAUUCGUGAAUACAUCCAUAAGCUGGGCAUUGAAGAUGUGAUCCCGACUCGCUCGAACGAAACAGCCCGCGAGAACUUCGACAAAGAAAAAUACCGGUCUCGCAACAUCGUGGAGCGAGCCAUUGGCUGGAUCAAAGAGUUUCGUCGAGUAGAACUCGUCAUCAUUUGCCUGACGCAUGAGGGUGACGUCGUCUGGAAGGCAGACAAUCUUGGGAAAGUAAUCGGAGGUCAUGGCUACGGCACCUCACCGAUUUUGCAUGGCGACUUGGUCAUCAUGGCCAACGACACUGAGAAGAAAAGUUCGCUCUUCGCACUCAAUCGAAAGACUGGUGAGAAAGCCUGGGAAGUCCCCCGCCCCGGUGGCCGACUUAAUUUCGCAACGCCGACAGUCUUCUCACGAGAAGAUCAGUCCGACCUCAUCAUCUUUUCAGCCUGGCCCAUUGGCAUCACCGCGAUUGAUAGCGAAUCGGGAAAACUCGUCUGGGAAAUCGAAACGUAUGACGUCAACAAAGGACAGCGAGCUGUCGCUUCUCCCAUCGUCGUCGGUGAUGCGGUCUUCGCAAAUUGUGCCUUUACCAAUGGACCCAAGCAUCUGGUUGGGCUCAAGCCCGUGAACGAGUCUGCGGAAGAGGUCUUCCGCGUUGAUCAUAGUACGGUCCCGCAUAUUCCCUCGCUGUUAGCUUACGAGGGCCUGCUUUACGCCUGGGCUGAUAAAGGGAUCUGCACCUGUUACGAACUGGAGACCGGGAAGAAAGUCUGGCAGGAACGGAUCGGCGGCAACUACUUCAGUUCCCCCAUCUGCGUGAAUGGCAUCAUCUACGGCAUCGAUGCCGACGGUCACUGCGUUGUCAUCAAAGCGGGCCAAGAAUUCGAAGAACUGGCCCGCAUCGACCUCGGCGACCCCUGCCGCUCCACACCCGCCGUCGCCAACGGAAAAAUGUUUAUCCGCACAUUUCGUCAGCUGAUGGCAAUUGGAGAUGAAUAA